CAUCGGAAUGUACCCAUUAACAGUUGUCCAACAAGAGGAAGGAGACUACAGAAUUGAUGUUAUCAUCAGAUCCCUUUCAGAAAAUGGAAUGUCUGUUGUGGUGAACUUUGAAGAGUUUCAAAGUACAAUAGCUUCUCGGAUGAGGACAGUAGAACAAGAUGGGAAAAGGCCUGCACAUGUGGGUGGAUUUAACUUCUUGUUUUUCUCGGAUGUUGAUGGAGUCGAUGUGAUUCUAUCCCAGGCUCAGCGCCUUGACCGUCAUUAUGGAUGGGGUUCGUUACUCCGACAUAUGUCUAAAUGGCUGAUUGUGUUGACGGAUGGAGGGGAUGCUGGUGACCUGAUGCUGGACAACAUCCUCCUGGACAACGUGGCCAUAACGUCCAUAGGAAAUUUAGGCGGCAAUUACACGGAGGAGAAGAUCACCUCCUCGGUUUAUACGUUGAUGUGGGAGAAAGAUUCUAGAGAAUUGCAACAGGUAUCACAGACUCCGACAGAAGAUGCCAUUACACGGGUCUUCCCGAACACAGGACAUGGAUUGAAUGGUAGAGUCUUAAGGGCAGCAGCUCUUAACUGGGUCACGUGUGAAAAGAAAUUCAUCAACGAUACCUUCACCUAUUUGGGAUUUUGUGAUCAUCUCCUCAGUCAUCUAUCCAGAACCUUCAAUUUCAGUUAUACAUAUGUGGAGCCAGCGGACCAGUCCUGGGGAGUACGACAUCCGAAUGGCACGUGGGAUGGAAUAAUUAGGAUGCUGAUAGAUGGGAAUGCCGACAUAUCUCCUGUUCCAUAUGCCCUGUCCUACGAAAGGUCCAUGGAUCUGACCUUUUCGCACCCAGUCGACUUCCGUCACAGUGAUAUAAUCUACAAGAAACCUGUACACGGUGUGAAGUGGGGUGUUCUGCUGCUCUGUUUCCAAUGGCAGAUAUAUGCGCUGGGCUUUGCUGUGAUGGUUUGGGUUGCUAUUGCUUUUCAAACAUUAAAACAGGCCAGCGAGUGGUUGUUUCCCCAAAGAGACAUGAAAACAGACAAUCUGUUUGUAUCAAAGACUGCACUCAUCUUAGGUGUUCCAUUAAAACAGGGUUCGCCUGUAUUACCACCAGCAGACUCACAUCGUGUCCUGUUCAGUUUCUGGUGGAUAUUUUGUAUUCUCGUCACGUCUGUAUAUUCCGGUAACCUCAUCGCCUAUCUAGCCGUCGCCAAAGAUAGUGUUCCAUUCACGGGGAUGGGCGAUGUUCUGGAAAGUGGGUACAAUUUGGGAGUAGAUACAGGAAGUUUUCAAGAGUCAAUGAUAAAGAAUUCUAGUAUCUCGCUUUACAAACGGCUAUGGCAGAAGAUACUGGAACACAGACCAACAAAUAUGACGGUUUCUGAACAUAAAACCUUCAACAACAACCAGCUGGAAUCUGGUGGCUAUGCCUUGAUAACAAGUGCGCAUAACAUCGAGAAAUAUAUGGCCAAAAGAUGUGACAUGGUGGCAACCAAAGAGAAAGGGUUUCAGUCCUAUAUGUCUUUUCCCCUUCCAAAACACUCUGCCCUGGCCUGGUUGUUUGAUCCUGAAAUAUUGUCCCUGGUGGAUAGGGGUCUACCAAGAUAUUGGAUGGAUCUUUCAACACCCAAAAGAAAGCGAUGUGCGACCGAGAGACAGGACAGAAUCCAAAUAGAAGAUUUGUUCCUGGUGUUUGUGAUAACUGGAAUCUGUAUUGUAUUAGGAACUGUCUUCCUAGUUGUGGAACACGCUAUAAUUCGAUACCAUAAAGGAAAGGGUCGUACCUAAAUCCAGUGUGUUGUGUCCCAGCGCUUCAAGGGCUGAGAACAUUACCUGUGCAAUCUCUAGCAUAGAAAGUCAGGGUUUCAGCUAGUUUGUCUUAUUGGAUACUUUGGAGUUUGUUCAUUUACAUGAUCGGGGAUCGAGUGCUACAGGGCACGAUGCUGUAUCAAGUAAUAUCAAUUAUAGAUAACUGACACGUAAUGUUUAGAGUGAAGCAUCUUUGGGGUACUGGAUGAUUACAAUGGCUAAGCUUUCAUUGUGAAAGUGGCUCUGCGUUACUGUGAAUGAGCGGCUUGUGCCUUGUGCAGUGUUGCAGUGUAGGAAUUUCUUUGUAGUAAAUUAGUGUCCUUGGUGAAUAUAAGCUGAAAGGUGGUAUUGGAGCGCAUCUUUAAUCAGAAACUACAGACGUUUGCUGUGUAUUUGUUUGCAUUGUUAACGCCAAAUUCAGCAACGUUCCAGAUAUUAACGGCCGAAACCAAAGAGACCAUUGAAACAACAGUACACAGUACAACCACAACCACAACAACUUUCCAGACUGAUGACAACCAAUGGCGUCUGUCGAGAUUGCAGACAACCAAAUGCGUCUCACGGGACAGCUGAAAUGUUUAGCACCCCAAGCAAUAUUGUAAAUAGGUUACCAGUAUCAUACUAUUGUGCAGUGGGGUAUUGCAACCUUUUUUAAAACUGGACCUUCUUGAAAUUUUACCCAUUUACAUCAUAUAUACAUUUACAUCUGAUUGGUAUGAAUGGAUGUGAACAAACCUUUUCCCGUGUAUCUAGCUCUGUAAAGAUCAGAUGUGUGUCCACCCUGUCAAUGCUUAAGUCAUAAUUCGCACAACCAGAUUAAAUGUGUCUUUAAAUUCUUUGUUACCAGAUAGUCACUUUGACGAUCCAUUCAUUGAUUCAUGUCAACCAUUAUGCUCAGCAAACAACAGUAUAUUGAUGAAAAAGGACCAAACCAGAUCUUACGUGUGGUUAAGCUUGACAAAUGUCGAACAUUGAUUGGUUUUGGCACCUGUGUGAUUCGUAUUUAAACCAAUAGGUUGAAGUGUUGACUUUUCCAUGUUUAAGUCUCCUGGUUCCAGUAUAUAUUACAGAUAUAUUUGUAUUAAGACAAAUUUAACCACUCAGCUUGAAAGUUACGUUUCAUUGGAAUGUCCUUUCAAUACUGCAAUUCACAAACGGACACAGUAAUCAAACAAAAUUACAGGCACCUACGUAUGUACUUCAAGCUGAAAUGCUGACUAUGAAUGAACACACAGCGGCCAAACCUGUAAUUGGAGACAGCCGACACAACGGUGCAUGACCGUAUAUUAACUGUUGUCUUUAUUCCUUUUGAAACAUUACAAUAAGGCUAUUUAGUUGAGUAUGUACAAUAAAAUGGUGCCACAA